UUUUGGCACCAGAUCAGAUUACAGAGACAGAUCCAGCGAACCCCUCAAAGGUUCUUAGCUGGGUAAGGGGGGAAGAUAGAGUUCCUAAUUGCUAGGCUUAUCUAUGUUUGGAGGUCUUGCGACAGCUCCUUCCAAUAGUCCGCACUUAAGAAAGUCGGGUAGCAGACCUGUUGUCUCUGAUCUGGGUACAAGUGAACUUGAGAAUGGUGCUGAGGAGGGUUUUGUGCAUCUAAUAGAGGGAGACGAUCUGAAGGGUAUAAGCACACCGUUGAGUAUGAAGGGUGUAACCACACCAUUGAGUACAGUUGCUAUAAUGCCAUCUCCGACUUUUCUGUGGAGAUUCAAGGUCCUGCUGUUCUUCACUUGGGGUUUCAUUUGUUGCAAGAUUGGAUGGGAUUCUGUCAUGAGAAUGAGUGUGGACUUGCGAGAUUUAUUUUUAUACGAGGCAUUUUUGUACUACAAUCCUCUUCUUCUUGUGACUAUGAUGGUUUGGUUUUGGGGAAUUAAUCUAUGGGUUUUCGCGCAGUCCAGUGUUAGUUAUCCUAAAGUUUUCGAUCUUGAUCAAAAUCAUUUGACUCACGGAGAAAUAUGGAAGUGUGCCACAUGGAUGACCAUUGUUGUGCCAACAAGCAUGACAGCGUAUCUUUAUCUCUACUCACAUGGAGAAGUGUCUCUGGCUGCAUCACAACCAGUACUAUUAUAUGCUGCAGUUGCAAUGAUUUUGAUCUUCCCCUUUGAUAUCUUCUAUCUGUCGUCUCGAUUUUACUUUUUAAGGACUCUUUGGCGAAUAGUUCUCCCUUUACAGGCAAUAACCUUUUCUGACUUUUUCCUGGCCGAUAUUCUUACCUCCAUGUCCAAGGUGCUUUCAGAUUUGGAGCGAUCAGUUUGUCGAAUGCUCCAUCGACAGGUUGCCACUAUUGCAUGGUUUGAAGCUGAUUCAGUUUGUGGCAGUCACUCUGUUGCAAUCCCUUUGGUUCUUGUGUUGCCUUAUCUUUUUCGUUUGUUCCAAUGCCUUCGACAAUACAAGGAUACUGGAGAGAAAACAACCCUUCUGAAUGCUUUAAAGUAUUCGACUGCAGUACCUGUGAUUUUUCUCUCAGCCCUUAAAUAUCACGUCUUCCCAGAGAAGUGGACAAACUUCUAUAGGCCCCUUUGGCUUCUCUCGGCCAUUUUGAACUCUUUGUACUCAUUUUAUUGGGAUGUGACUAGAGAUUGGGACUUGAGUGGUUUCACUCGGAUUUUCAAGUUCAACAAACCACAUACCUUGUCAAACCUCAUACAUGGACGGAAAUGGGUUUACUUCUGGGUGAUAACUAGCAACUUAAUACUGCGUUGUACAUGGACGUAUAAGCUGUCUGCCCAUCUUCGGCACAAUUAUCUUACUGUAUUUGCAAUCACUGCCUUGGAGAUUUUCCGCCGCUUUCAAUGGGUUUUCUUCCGAGUAGAAAACGAGUGGAUCAAGAUGAGCUCGAAAUCUAACUUUCAGCUUUCCAUGAGUGACAUCCCAAAUGAGGAAGACAGGUUACUUAAUUCUAAUGGCCACAAUGUAUAGACCCUUCAUUAGUUAUGUCUUCCGAGCUUCAUCAAUAUGGUAGAUUUGUAUAAUUUUUUGCCCUACACAGGGAUCGUCGGUUACUUUCAAAAAUUGCAAUUUACAUGAACAACGAGAAAUGUUUCUUGUUCGUAGAAAGAUUAGGUUCAAGACUUAAACUUAAACAUCAAGGAGAUAAUAUAUACCUCAUUUUCUAAGACGGUCGUUAUAUAAUGAUUAUGAUAAUUCACCAUC